UCUAAAACAAAAAGCUGUACUGAUGUUUUUCUGAAUCAGCAGAUACACAGAACGUCCUCUAGAGGGCGCCACAUAUCUGACUGGUUACAACAGGAACCCUUUAGAAAAACAGGAAACAGUUCAGAAAGUGUCAGAGAUUAAUGGAGAAUCCACCGUGAGGAUCACCUUCAUCAUCACCUUCAUCAGCUACUCAGGGCAGACUAACAGUGAACGAGGAGAACAGAGAGAGCUGAGGAACCGAGACGCUGAAACACAGACUGCUGCAGGUGGAAAGACAAGAAAACCAAAGUGAAACUUCACUCAGAGACUAAAUGGCUGCCAGAUUAGAGGAGGAUCUCUGCUGUCCGGUCUGUCAGGACAUCUUUAAGGAUCCGGUUCUUCUGUCAUGUAGCCACAGCUUCUGUAAGGAGUGUCUGAAGAACUGGUGGAGAGAGAAAGCAGCACAAGAGUGUCCAGUUUGUAGGAAAAGAUCUUCAAGGGGUCCUCCACCCUGUAACCUGGUUCUGAAGAACCUGUGUGAGACCUUCCUACAGCAGAGAGACCAGAGAACUUCAGAGGAUCUCUGCAGUCUGCACUCUGAGAAACUCAAACUCUUCUGUCUGGACCAUCAGCAGCCAGCGUGUCUCGUCUGCAGAGAUUCAAAAAAACACACCAACCACAGAUUCAGACCCAUUGAUGAAGCUGCUGAGGAUCACAAGAAGAACCUUCAGGAAACUCUGGAACCUUUAAAGGAGAACCUGGAGCUCAGGAAGAAAGUUCUAGAGGAGUUUGAUCAGACAGCAGAACACAUGAAGGUCCAGGCCCGACACACAGAGAGGCUGAUUAAGGAGCAGUUUAAGAAGCUUCAUCAGUUUCUAGCAGAGGAAGAGGAGGCCAGGCUGGCUGCACUGAGGGAGGAAGAGGAGCAGAAGAGUGGGAUGAUGAAGGAGAAGAUGGAGGCUCUGAGCAGAGAGAUAGCAGCUCUUUCAGACACAGUCAGAGCCACAGAGGAGGAGCUGAGAGCUGAAGACGUCUCAUUCCUGCACAACUACAAGGCUGCAGUGGAAAGAGUCCAGCGCUGCCCCCUGCUGGAGGAUCCACAGCUGCCCUCAGGAGCUCUGAUAGACCAGGCCAAACAUCUGGGCAACCUGGCCUUCAACAUCUGGAGCAACAUGGAGAACAUGGUCUCCUACACUCCUCCCAUCCUGGACCCAAACACUGCUCAUCCUAAACUCAUCCUGUCUGAAGAUCUGACCAGUUUGACUUUUGGAGAGAAACAGCAGCUUCCUGAUAAUCCAGAGAGGUUUGGGUCACGGUGUUCUGUCCUGAGUUCUGAGGGCUUCAACUCAGGGAACCACAGCUGGGAUGUUGAUGUUAGAGGCAGUGUAUUCUGGAUGCUUGGUGUGAUAGCAGAGUCUGUCCAGAGGAAGGGAGACAUAAAGUCUGGAUGGUCGUGUCUAUGGUUGUAUAAAGGUAAAUACUCAGCAUGGUCUCCUCCAUCUCCUCUCAUGCAUCUCUCAGUCCAGAAGAAGCUCCAGAGGAUCAGAGUGAAUCUGGACUGGGACAGAGGAAAGCUGUCCUUCUCUGAUCUGGACACUAACUCACACAUACACACCUUCACACGCACCUUCACUGACAAGAUGCUUCCAUUCUUCUACAUUGUGGGUAAAGUAAAAAUCCUACCGAUGAAGAUCUCAGUGAGCAAACAGCAGCUCUGAUGUUCUCAGCACGAAGAACACAAAGUCCAGAUGAAACCUUGAUGAUCUCAUUGAAACUCAGUGAUUUUAAACAGAAUCUUGGAGCUUUUUAUUCUGAAUUACUUUGAAUUUAAAGUUAGUUCUUGGGUUACUUUAUAUUUUGGGUUAUUAAUCAGAUUUAUUUGUACGUUAAUAAUUAUUGAAAUGUUUAGUAAAAUUCACUGGAUUUUAUUUAGGGGAUUUAAGGGGAAGGGGUCUGAAUGUAAAUGCACGCCACACUUUUCAGAUAUUUACUUUUACAUUUUUGUUUUGCUCCACUUAAUAAAAUCUCAGCAGAUUUAUUGAAGUUUGAGUUUUUAAUGCUGCAAAAUGUGGAAAAGUUAAAGGAGGAUGAAGCUGAAGCUGGGUAGUUUUUAUAGAUAAAGUCAAAUUAAUGAGAUAAAUUUAAAAGUUCCCUAACAAAAUGGAAAUGAUUGGUUCAAAGCCAUGUCUCGUGUAAAUGAGCAAGUAGCUUUAUUCUUUAAUAUAAUAUUCAACAACAAAUAAAAUCUCUUUUAGCAUUUAAACAUCCCAUUGAUGCACACUUGAUACGCACCAGGAUCACCUUCUUGUUAUCUAGAUGCAUAUUCUCAUUAUUUGGACUUUUUCCUCAAUAUUUCAACUUUAUUCUGUUAUAAAAAGAAAAACAACCACCAGUUAUUCCCUCUGAGUCAACCUGAAACUCCUUCAUGGCAAAUUUUAACUACAUUUUAACAAAUCAGACAACACUAAACAAUCUAACAGCCCACAUAAAGGGAGAGUUUCUGUGUAUUUUUAUUCAUCUUAAUUUGGAGUAUUUAAGACAAAAAGUUCAGCUUCUCUGAUAGUUUUAAGGUAAAUUGAGCCAAAUCAGACGAACUAACAGAGCUAAACUUCAGAGAUCUUUAAUUGGACUAAAUCCAGUCAGGACAUGUGGAUUCAGUGGCACCUCAGGAUUUUUAAUGGGGGGAUUUAAAUGUUAGGGUGGCGGUUUUAUUAUUGUCAUAUAAGAGGAAACAAACACCAAACCUAUCACAGACUAUUUGUCUUUUUUUGUCAGUUUGUUUUCACAAAUUUAAUUUCUAACAGACAGGAAAUGAGAAUAUUACAUUUAAAAUGUUUUAUGAGAAUUUAUUCAGUUUAAUUCAUUUUUGAAGGUUUAACUGAAAUAUUAAGCAAUACUAAAUGUUGAUAUGAUGUAAAUUCUGUUUACUAAAAAAUAAAAGUUUUGGCAAUUAUUUUGUGCUUAACAUUAUCAAUGUGUGUGUGUUGCAAUACGCUACUUUAAAUAUUUUUAUUUUUGCACAUAACGGUGAUUAUUCUAAGAAAAAUACAUGGAAUUAAUUAAAUAUUUUAAAUGUUGGCACGCUGUAAUUUUGAUUAAACCUUUAAUUUAAUUAACAUCCACUGUAACCAGAACAAUGCAAAAAUCCUCCAGAACACAUUUGUUCAGGAUUUUAACUGUUAGUUAAACUGUU